AUGUUAGCCCCAUUACACGAAAGUCGUAUGUUAGUUGGGGAAAAUAGUAUUGCAACUUCCGAAUCUGACACUUACUAUCGCUGCUGUAGACCAGUUUUUUCUAGUAAUUAUUGUCAGAAUUCCAACUUUGGAGACGAUGGCAUUGCGCAGAUUCCAUUUUGCGGCUCUUCAACUGCUCGAAUACAGCAGAACAGUCAAGAUCAAUUUCAACAGCAUCAGCAGCAACAGCAGUCGCAGCCACAACCAGAGAUGGCUGCUUCAACAAAUUACUUUCAAGUUCCGCCAAAAUGCCCGUUUACAGUAUCAUCAACGUCAGCAGAGCAGUUUCAGUCUGGUGUUGUAUCACAAGUUCAGCUGGAAGAUAACGGGUUUUAUGCAGUUUGUGCAGGUCAAAACACAUCUUCAUGUGUAAAUUAUAAUAUAAUGGAUGAAUUUUUUGCACCCAAACAAAAGAUGUAUGGUACCGCAGAAUCACCAUUGCACACUGUUACAAAUGUUAAAAAAAAAACAUUUGGAUGUCAUGCAAAGUCCAUUUGUGCAAAUUGCUACACUACAGAAACCACACUGUGGAGACGACGGAAGAUUGAUGGUGCUGCUGAAUGCAAUGCCUGUAAUCUGUACUUUCGGAAGAAUCAAAGAGCUCGUCCGGUUGGCAUGAACAAGGCUAUUCGAAAGAGAAAGCGUAUACCAAAAAACACGCAAAUCAGUCUUACUUGA